AUGCGAGGCGAUGAUCAGCUGUCGCAUUGGUUGGUGGAAGUCGUGAGGCCCGGAGGAGCUUCCGCUUCGAGCAGCAAGAGCGGGCGGGUGGGAGCGAGAGGCGGUAUUAGGGAUGGCGCGGGCGAGGCGGCGGGACUCGCGGUAGCAGUAGAGGAGGCGAAGAACGAGCGGUCGGGUUGCGUUCUCCUCAUUCUCGUGCACGUGGUCGCGGGCUGCGACACGCGAGGUCCCUCGUCCCACGGCGCGGAGUCACCGAGGGGGGCAGCAGGGCAGGGGCAAGAGCAGGCGGCGGCGGAUGCGGAGGCGGAGACGGAGGAGGCGCUCAAGUGGGCUCUGCUCAAGCCGCUGCAAGUCGCCGUGCAGCAGCACCAGGUACGCGCACUUUCGCAGCCCGGCGGUCCUAGGUUCGAUCGCUGCCGCCCCCCCACGUCGCGUGCAGUCAGUCACCUGCUCGAGCUCCUCGCGCACGCCGCCGUCAGUCGCAUCGUCGCUGUGGCGUCUCCGCUGCUGCGCUCUCACCCCUUCUCACUUUCCCCUCACCAACUCCCAUCCCCUUCUAUUCCCCCUCUUAUCCUUCGCCCUUGUCCGUGGGGGAGGGCGCGCACGAUGCGCAUGAUGCGCGGCUCCAUGGGCGCACUGCUGCACUCGCGCAUGCCCACGCUCACGCUCAUGCUGAUGGGGGUAACGGCCGUGGUGCUGUUGCUGCUUCAGCUGAAGAUGGUGGUGGUGGUAGCAGGCAGAGGGAGCGAGGUAGCACACCACAACAGCACCACCACCAGCACCACCAUGCACACCCCUCAUGGCUCCAGGAACGGCGCGGCAGUGGCUCCUUCAUGCCCACGUGGAGCUUUGGCCGCAGGACACGUGGCAGCGGCCCGUUGGUUGCUGUUGAGAGGGGCGAAGGCGAGCGCAUGGGUGGUGAGAGCAGGCCUCGGGCCCCUGGGCCCGCACUCUCCCUCCCUCGCCUCCCCCUGCGCGCCCGCCUCUGCACCUGCACCGCCCGCUCUCGCUGCUGCUCCCCCUCACGGCAGCAUGGCAGCAGCAGCAGCGCAGCCAGGCGGGCACGCGGACACUGCUGCAGCGCGCGCAGAGGAGGGCGCGUGCAGUGGUGGCAGGCGGGAGCGGUUUCACAGGUCCGAGAGCAUAACGGAGGGGGGAGAGGGGGAGGAAGGAGAGGCGACAGAGGGGGUUAGAGGCACAGAGGAGUGUGGAUCCAUAAAUUGGGAGGCGUCGAGGCAGCAGGUGGAGGUGCGGGCAUGCAGCAAGGCGGGCAAUGGGGUGCACAGGGACGUGCAGCGGCUGCUGCAUGCGGACAUGCACUCCGCUGCGCCCACCCCACCCCCCUGGCCCAUGGGCCUCUUCCGCUCCUCCUCCGUGCCCGGCCCCUCGACCGUCACCCGCGCCUCCCCAUCGCUAAUCGCCUCGUCCUCCUCCUUCUCGUCGUCUUCCUCCUCUGUGCGUCGCCCCCCCUCGCUGCUGUUCGCCAGGGCGUCGUCCGUGCCUGGCUCCACUCGCCGCGUCUCCUUCCGCCGCCACACGCACACCACGGGUGGGCACGGUGGGCAGGCCGGCAGGCGGCGGCACAACGAGGGGAAGAGCAGCCGUGGCGCUGGCAGCUCUGGAGCAAGGGAUGAGGUGGUGUUGGGGGGGAGGGAGAGGGGUGCAGGGGGAGCGGACGCAGGGAGACGAGAAGGGGAAGAGGCGGGCAUGGGAGGCGUGGCAGUGAGGAGUGGGGAGUGUGGAGCGGCAGGAGGAGGAGGAGAGGCGUGCGCAGCGAGCGAGGCUCCGGACUACGCUGCGUAUGCGCCCUUCCCCCACUCGCUCUCCUCCUCGUCUUCCUCCUCCUCGUCGGCGCGCCUGCGCUCUCUCUUCCGCGCCACCUGCACCCUCUCCGCCACGCCCACCUCCCCCGCCUCGCCUGCCGACACCGCGUCGCCCGCCAUGCCGCCCAGGAGCGACGGGCGGGGCGGCAGGGGCGGUAGGGCGUACGAGGUGGUGCCGGUGGAUUGGCUGCAGGAGGUGGAGGCGCGGAGGGCGCGCAUGAGCGGGGGAGAAGCGGGGGAGGGCGGUGGGCGCGGCAGCCUGGAUAGCCAGAUGAGGAGAGCAGCGGGUGCUGUCACUGGUGAUCAUCAUGCCCGCGGCUCACACAGUGCCCGAGCCAGUGGGGCCAGUGACGCCACCCGCCCUGCUGCCAGACCCACAGGGCCCUCCCGCAAGGCUGCGUGCGAGCCACUGUGCACCACGGCAUGUGCACCCGGGUUCAGUGACCAGAGCAGCCCCCUCUGCAACUCCACUCCCGCUCUCACGCCCACCACUCCUGCCACUGCCACCACUGCCACUGCACCUAUCUCCGUGCCCUCCACCGACUCGGCACCGUCCAGUGCUUGCUCUUUCUCUCCCCACACCCCUCCCGCUGCUGCCCCUGCCGAUUCUCCCUUUCCCGCCGCUGCUACCGCCAGGUGCAACUGCUCGCAUGCGCAGCACCUAGAGCCCCACCUCGCUGCACCGUGUGAGCGUGCAUGCAGUGCUCUGCAGCACGGCCAGCCCACCGCAGCUGCACACGAGAAGGGCGCAGCAAAGGAGACCAUUUCGGGGCUAACGAAUGGCGCGCAGCACCACAUGCAUCCGCCACACCUCACCAUCCUCACACCCCACAGCGCCUGCAGCGCCACCUCCACGCCCACCCCCUCACACACCACUCCCGCACCACCCGCCACCACCACGCCUGCCAGCAUGCACCAGUGGCGCCGGCGGCGGCGGCGCGAGUGGCGGGGGCGGGACGACAGCGACAGCGUGAGGCGCAUGAACGCGUCGCUGGCGUACCUGUCAGUGCAGCACAGCCACCUGGUGCACCUGGGCGCCGCUGAUGACGAUGACGACGGGCUGGACGUGGAUGAGAUGGUCGUGGGCGCUCGCCUCGACGCCGCCGCGGAGAGGGGGGAGUUUGGUGGGGAGUGCAGUGAGGGAUGGCAGGAGGAGGAGAUGGGGUGGGUGGAGUGCAUGGGGAGUGCAGCGGGUGACGCUUCCUCUGUAUAUGAUCGCUAUUCUGGCCCUCUCACUCAUGCUGCCCUUGCUGCUGCUGGGGUGAUCACAAGCACAGCAGCAGCAGCAGCAGCGUUGCCAUCAGGCGCGCCCUCCUCAUUCCACAGCAGUCCCAACAGGGCAGCACCCCCAUCCGUCUCCUCCCAUACUAGCACCCCUGCAGCAAUGAGCCCAGCCUGCCUCUCCCCUCACGCGCACCCCUCUGCACACAGCCCCUGCCGCAGCACCUCCCACGGCUCCCCCUCUGCCUCCCUGCCGCGUGUGCCCUGCUCCCUCUCCCACGGCUCCUGCGACAGCAGUGCAGGCAGUGGAGCGAGUGAGGGGCGGCGGCGCUCCAUGCUGGGAAUGAGCCGCAGCAUGGGCGUGGCCACACUCUCUCACGCCCUCUCCUCUCUCACCCAUGCUGCUGCUGUGUCCUCGGGGUCCAUCUCAGGCUCCCCUGCUGCCGCCCGGCCUGCCUCGCGCCUCAUGCUGUCGUCAGGGCCCACACCCGACGCACAGCACACCUGCGGUAACGGCAGCACGUCCUUAGGGAGUGGCGCGGGCACGGGCGCGGGCGCUGGCGCGGGCAGGGGCAUGGGGGCAGAGGCGGAGACGGAGGGCGACAUGGGGCUGGACAUUGACAUUCUGCUCUCCGACCUGCGCUCCCGCCAGAUGCGCUCCACCUCCGGGCCCCUGGCGCCUCGCAUGGCUGGCCCCCUGCGCUCUGUCACCCAUCCUGCUGCUGGCAUGGCUGCUGCAGCUGCAGCAGCCGUGGCAAGUGUGGGGGAGAUAGGCGGGGAGGAUAGGAGUGCGCCGCUGUGUGAUGUGGGGGUGGAUGCAUGGCGGAGUGCAGCAGAGGCAGACUCAGGAGACCACUCCCUGGCUGCAU